UUCACCAGUGUUUCAUGUUCUUAGAUCUACUGGCUUCGACCCUGCUAUUGUUUAUGACCUUUUCUUUCUGCUUGUUGUAUUUAUUGGAUUUGUUUGCCCCAGGGACUGCCUUUUUGUGAACCGAACCUCAUCGCCUGCUACUAAGUACUGUGUUUGUGGAUUACAUGUUUUGUUUUGAUCCAUUAAACCGCAACAUGAAUUCUACACAACCGGAUUCUAAGUCUACCUCACAGAAUACUUACCAGCUUUCCAGGAAGAAAUGAUUUUGGCUUAUCUGGAGCAGCUAAAGGCUCAUCAGUCUGCUAACAACCACUUUGCUGCAAGCUCUCCGUGCUAUGCUGAACCUCUAAAAUUUAGCAUUACCGAACAAAUUAAUAGCUCCGACAAAUGCUUUUGGGGAUUUCUUUAACGUGUAUUUUGCACAUCGACCGGGGACCUAUGCAGAGGAUUCUGCCAAAUGCUCCCUAUUGCUAAAAUUGCUUUCCGGAAGACACUGCACUGGGCUGCAGCAGUCUGAGAAAACGAUGGAGAGGUACGGAGCUCGUAUGAGCUACCUAUGCCAAACUCCGACUCACAGACAAUCCUAGUGCCCCAGGCCGGACAUGGUUAUUGGCAGAGGAACGCCAGCGACACCUAUGACACCAGCUUUGUUUUUUAUUGUGGACUAGUAAUUGCUGUGCCACCUGCCCAGAAAAACCCAGUCCUCAAACUGUCAAGGUCUCAUAGAUUUUGGAUCCACGGCCAACCUUAUCCACAGCCAGGUGGUCAAAGAUCUUGACCUCUCCAUUGAACCAUGCAUUAUGCCAAUAAGGAUCACUGCAGUGGACAAUAGCCCUAUCAGCCCCGGCUACAUCACUCAUCAUACCAUUCUUAUUUUUCUUUGAUUGGAACUGUUUCAUGUGGAGGAGCUCACUUUGUUUGUUAUAUCUUCUUCUGACAACCUAUUAUAAUUGGAUUUUUCUGGCUCCAAAAGCAUGACCCUGUGAUCUCAUGCUCCUGCAAGGAACUACGUCAGUGGUCUCUGAAUUGUAUCAUAAGAUGCAUGGACAAUAAUAUCAAACUACCCUGCUUCUCUGCAUCGGUCGAAAGUCCCAAAUGGAAUACACCUAUCCAUGUUCCUGAAGAAUAUCGGGACCUGGGAGAGUUUGAUGGGCUCCUCGUUUUUCCCGUGUCGUGAAGAUGCCGGUGAUGAAGGGACUGCUCGCGCCUCAGAACACGUUUCUGGACACCAUCGCGACGCGCUUUGACGGCACACAUAGCAAUUUCAUCUUGGCUAAUGCACAGGUAGCAAAGGGGUUUCCCAUAGUUUACUGUUCAGAUGGCUUCUGUGAGCUCACGGGUUUCACACGCACUGAGGUCAUGCAACAGAGUUGUGCAUGUAAGUUUCUUUAUGGGCCUGAGAGCAGCGAACACACGAUCACGCGUGUGGAUUCUACCCUUGAGAAGCGAAGUGAGCUUAAAGAGGAGAUCGUGUUUUACAAGAAGAAAGGUUGUUUGUUCUGGUGUCUGCUGGAUAUUGUGCCUAUUAAGAAUGAGAAAGGCGAUGUUGUUCUCUUCCUUGCUUCAUUUAAAGACAUCACAGACACCAAGGCAAAAACCAUCCCCAUUGAAAGAAAAAAAGAGUGUCAUCAUGGCCAGAUCAAAGGGUAUCCAUUUAGCACUGCUCGAAUUCGCUCGAACACCGUCCUGUAUCACAUCUCAGGACAUCUCCACAACCGGCAGAAACAAAACAAAAUCAAACUCAACAAGAAUGUUUUUGGUGAUCCUCCAGCUUUGCCGGAAUACAAAGUUGCAGAUGCUAAGAAGUCCAAGUUCAUCCUUCUCCACUUCAGCAGUUUCAAGGCUGGCUGGGAUUGGCUAAUUCUGCUGGCUACUUUCUAUGUGGCUGUGACUGUGCCAUAUAAUGUGUGUUUUAUUGGUGAUGAAGACUUGACCCGCAGCACCACUGUCAGUGACAUUGCUGUGGAGAUCCUUUUUAUCAUUGACAUUGUGCUUAACUUUCGCACUACAUAUGUGAGCACAUCUGGACAAGUAAUUUUUGAGGCACGGCAAAUCUGCAUCCACUACAUGACCACCUGGCUAGUAAUCGACUUGGUGGCCGCACUGCCCUUUGAUCUUCUGUAUGCCUUCAAUGUUAGUGUGGUGUCAGUUGUGCACUUGUUAAAGACUGUACGUUUGCUGCGCCUGUUGCGUCUAUUGCAAAAAAUGGACCGCUACUCCCAGCACAGCACAGUGGUGCUCACCUUACUCAUGUCCAUGUUUGCCCUGCUUGCCCACUGGAUGGCCUGCAUCUGGUACAUCAUUGGAAAAAAGGAAAUGGACAGCAAUGUGCAAACCACCUGGGAUAUAGGUUGGCUGCAUGAGCUGGGAAAACGUUUGGAGAUCCCUUAUACCACAGUGAAUGGCUCAGCUAACAGUGGUCCAAAGUUGCGCAGUGUCUACAUUGCUUCACUUUACUUCACGCUUAGCAGUCUGACCAGUGUGGGCUUCGGGAAUGUCUCUGCUAAUACCGAUGCUGAGAAGAUCUUCUCUAUUUGCAUUAUGCUUAUUGGAGCACUUAUGCAUGCUCUAGUAUUUGGUAAUGUGACAGCUAUCAUUCAGCGCAUAUACUCACGCUGGUCCUCAUACCAUACACGCACUAAAGACCUGAAGGACUUCAUAAGAGUGCACCACCUGCCGCAAAUCCUCAAGCAACGCAUGCUAGAGUACUUCCAGACUACCUGGUCUGUCAACAAUGGCAUCGACUCAAAUGAGCUCCUGAAAGACUUCCCAGAUGAGCUGCGUUCUGACAUUGCCAUGCACCUGAACAAGGAAAUUCUGGAGCUGGCUGUGUUCUCAUCUCUGAGUCGUGGUUGUCUGCGCUCUCUGUCACUGCACAUAAAGACAUCUUUUUGUGCGCCUGGAGAAUACCUAUUGCGGCAAGGAGAUGCACUGCAGGCCCUCUUCUUUGUCUGCUCUGGUUCAAUGGAGGUGCUCAAGGAUGGCAUGGUGCUUGCUAUUCUCGGUAAAGGGGACCUGAUUGGGGCCAACUUGUCUGUGGAAAACUGGGUGAUAAAGACAAGUGCAGACGUGAAAGCACUGACAUAUUGUGAUUUGCAGUGCAUUAAUCUGAGGGGACUGUAUGAGGUGCUGGACCUGUACCCUGAGUACUCCCACCACUUUGUCCAGGACAUCACUCAAGACCUCACCUACAACCUCAGAGAGGGGCAGGAGAUCCAUGUGGAGCGGAGGAGAAAUGGAAGCUUGAGCCAACACAGUGGAACCAUAAAGUCUCAUCAACGUGAAGAACUCUGCAUUCAGCAUAGUGCAGUUACCAUAUCUGACCUCUCUAAUCUCAGUCCCAGGAUUGUUGAUGGUACAGAAGCUAACGAAGAAGCAGUGACAGAGAAUUCUUCAGAGUUCUCUUUCUUUCCUGGUCACCAGACCAGUUCAGCCAACACAACGACCAGCAAAACAGGGGUGGAACUGCACAUUUGCUUAGGGGUACGCAAGAUCAUGGUUGGUGCCCCCAUCUCCCUCACAAAAAAAGGGGGUAUUCAGUUAGCAGCAAAACCAGAAGAGCACAGAGGCCAGUUAGGUCAUCUUGACCAAGAGGCAAUACAUUCCCUUGGACAGGAAGUAGCAGAACUGGGCAGAGUAACAAGACACCUUACCUGUCUCAUCGAGUCAAUGAUGGCUUUGCCACAAACGGGCAAUAUCUUUAGUUCUCUCUCCCCCCAAGGACAUCCCACACAGUUCAUUACUCCUGAAGCACAGGUAUUACCUUGGAUUAACCGACUUCCUUCCCAACAGGGGCAAACUGGCUUAUCCUCUCCAGGACAUGGAACAGUCACAGCACAGAACUCUAGAUAUUUUAUACACUGAUGCCAUGGCUAUUUUAAAAACUUCUCCUUGGUUCUGUUUUCCCAAUCGGACAUUCAUAGCUUUAGUACCCUAAAAAGCAGAUCCCAAAGCCUGAAAAAUGUACCUAAACCCACCACUGGAGCAUUACUUUUGUGCUGCACAACAAGUCCCUUCGGAUUUGUAGCAACAAAAUGGACAAUAUCCAGGUAAUCCUAAGUGAACCCAUGAAGCAUAUGAACCAUUGUGUGAGCAUGAAGCAUGUGAAUUAUUGAAAUUAAAACAAAUAAUGGUG